AUGACUUCGGAUCAGCUCUCUCUCGACCACGGGGCCUUUGGCAUUUCCCUCGCCGAGGCGCGGUCGAUGGACCCACAGCAGGGUCUCGUACUGAGUGUUGGGUACAGUGUGCUGCGCCAAUGUAGUGAUUUCUCCUCCUCACGAAGUUCAUUCACCAACUCCAACGUGGGAGUCUUCGUCGGCGUGGAGUCAAGUGGACUCGAGAGGAAAGAAGCGAGUGUGUUCUCGGCCAGCGGUGGCGCCUUAUCUGUCACAGCGGGCCGGCUCUCGUUCAGCCUCGGCCUCGUCGGACCGUGCUACUCGAUCGACGCGGCAUGCGCGUCAACGCUGGCGGCGCUGCACGCAUGUGUCACGACGCUCCAGAAUGGCAAAGAAUGCGAUGAUGGCGUGACGAUUGGCACCAAGGUGCUCAGCGAAGCCGCAAACUACGCGACCUCGAUCGGCGGCAUGACGUCAGCGCGUGGACGGUGCCACACGUUCGACCAGCGGGCGGACGGCUACUGUCGCGGCGAAGGCUGCGGCGCGUUUCUCGUGCGAUCAAAAGCAUCGGCUGGCGUGGAUGUGCUGGGGUCUGCCGUACAGUAAGACGGCCCGAGCGCGAGCCUGACGGCGCCAAACGGAUCAUCUCAGAGGCGGCUGAUCGAGAGCGUAUCGCUGUGUAAUCCCGACAAAAACGGAAAGUUGAGUCUGGAGGCGCACGGCACCGGGACGGCGCUCGGUGAUCCCAUCGAGGUACGUUAC